UUAAAAAAAAAAAAUGCUUGCCGAGAAAUCAUGCUUCGCCGCAAGAAGCUUACGAAGCGAGUUGUAGUCAAACAAAUAGUAAAAGACCACAAGGCAUUAUUAGCAGCCAAUGAAUUGGUCAACACCAUAUGUACAUAAAAAGAGGCUUAUAAGGCUAAAAGGCGUCACCCGUCUCCACUUCCCCCGAAUCCAUUUUCUUCUCUUCUUCCUGCUUCGAAUUGCGAUUCAUUACUGAGCAGAAAAAUGUUGGAGUGCCUUCCUCCUCCGGAAUCUCCCACCUUCUCCCCGAUGCACCAAGAACAGGCCCCAUGGAUGCUUCCUCCUCCUCCUCGCCUCUCCCAUCCACAACCACCAUCAGUCUCUCUCACGUCUACUCCGCUGUUCUUCAAACCAAUUCCUUCAAGGAGAUGUCGAGAAUCACCAGCUCCAUGGAUCUUAUGGCCGCCGAUCAUGAUCAACUUCAAGACCUCUCCGGAAUGCUCACCCAAGUUCUUAGCCCCGAUCGAGAACGCGUCCUCAAUGCCCUUCACUGCUCCAAAUCCACUUCCACUUCCCUUUUCAAUCUUAUCUCUUCUUACUUCGAUUACAGCGAGAAAACCACCAGUCUCUGCCUCACCCUCCGGAGUAUCGUUGCUCAAGCCCGUCGACUCUAUUCCCCAAUUCACACCCUCCUCGGUGAUCUUCCCAUUGAUUCCCUCUCCCAGCCUGACUGCGACCUCGUCUUCCAAGAAUUCCUUAAAUUCAACGAUGACACUAACCCUUUUCCCCGCCCUGACUCACAGACCUUCGACCCAAUUCGAGACCAUUUCUGCAAUCUCAAGCACCAACUAGAGCGUCGCCUUCGCAAGUCCAGCUCCAGAAUUCGCCUUGUUCGCCCUCCCAACCCCAACUCCAACACCGUCAUCUGCUGCGGCAGCAGUGCUGCAAUUACGGCCUACAUUCCUCCAAAGUUCGCCAGGAGAGAAUUGGCGUAUGUAGCUCAGCUUAAAGUUGCAUCUAGAAAUACCUAUGUUCUGAAGACUGACCUUGACACGCUUGAUAGCCUUGUCGGCCGCCUGCAUAACACCGUGGAGGACGACAAGCGUUUCAUUCGACUGGGUUUGAAUAUGGGGAAUGAUAAGCACGCAGUUCAGUUAGUGCUCAAACAGUUGGGGAAGAACCACCGGACUUCGGAGCAGUACCUUGAUCUUCUUGAGGAGAAGAUAACUACUUGUUUCACUACUGUCAACCUCUCAAGAUCUCAACUUCUCAAGGAGAUUCUACUUCAUCAAACUAGUUUGGGCUCUUCUCAUUCCCAAUAGUUACACUCAACUGAAUCUGGGAUUCACUCUAUUUUUUCUUUCUAAAUGUAGUUUUGUUCCUAAACUAAUAUUCAACUUGUCUUUAACCCGUUUAGUUUACAGUUUACAGUUUACACCAAUAAUAGAUACUCAAUAAAUUCAUACCUUC